AUGACAAUAACAAGAGGGAGAAGAACCGAAGACAGUGGAAAUGUUUUGUUAAGAUUCAAUUUGCACAUGGAAAAAAGAGGUUUCAAAUUCAAUGUUUUGACAGGACAUGAAAACGAGGCAUCAAUCGAUUCAAUUCAACUGGUUUUGGAUGGGUCUGCUCAAUGGCUCAUCUUUUCAAAGCGACACUGGGAUUGUAUUGGAAACUGGAAAAGUGUCCGGAUUUCAGUUCUGAAGCUAUGGAAAAUGCAAAUCUAUGUUGAAAUUUCAACUAAUAAUGACAUUUCGAAGCUUCUAUCAGCGACGAUGGGUAUCAACUCAGGCUUUACACCCAAGCAAGCAACGAUCGUCCCUGAAAUUACAGGACUAGCAGAAAGUUCAGAGCUUCAAAAUCCUUUUUUUCCUCAGGAAAAAUGUGUAUCUGCAGAGGCCAAAAAAAAUCAGGAAAAACUUAGCACGGACACCAAACAAAGAAUAGAGGAACGAAACAAGAAAAAAAAAAACUCAGGUCUCAUUCCCGACCUUCAAAACUGGAAAAUCUUCUGCAACUUAUUAAUCGCAAUGAACAAAGGAAAUCUCCAGAACAGAUUACAGUAG